AUGAAGAUUUCACAGGGAAAUGUGCCCGUCUAUACCAUCAGCGGCAGCGAGGCACGUCCCUUGCCCGAGUGGCUCAUACGCAAAAGGAAACGGAGCUUGAAAAACGACCCCGAGUUUGCAAACCGCGUCGACUUGCUGCAAGAUUUUGAGUUUGAAGAAGCCAGUCAGUGUGUGCGGGUGAGCGAAGAUGGCGACUGGGUCAUGUCGACGGGCACAUAUAAGCCUCAGAUCCACGUUCACUACACACCGCAUCUGUCCCUCUCAUUUGCGCGCCACACAAAUACCUUGAAUCAAACUUUCCACCUUCUCUCCUCGGAUGCUACCAAGAGCGUGCACCUCCAGCAGGACCGCUGCAUAGAAUUCCAUACUGGUGGUGGUCUCCACUAUGCCAGUCGAAUCCCACGUUAUGGCCGCGACCUCAUCUACGACCGACGAUCAGCCGAAUGCCUGGUACCUUCCGUGGGUGUAAAUGCAGAGGGCAUGGGUGAAUGCUUCCGUCUGAACCUCGAGGUUGGGCGCUUCAUGCGGAGUUACGAGAUCGAUGUGGGUGGUGACGGCGCAACUAUCGGGGCUGGAUCACUCCAAGGUGGCAUCGACGCUGGUGCUGUCAACACGGGUGCCAUUGCCGAAGAGAGCCAUAAUCUCCUCGCCUUUGGAACAUCACACGGCACUGUAGAAUACUGGGAUUCGCGGUCCAAGAACAGAGUGGGCAUUCUAUCCUGUCCACAAGAUUCUGUCGAGGGGCGCUCCGAAGUCACCGCUCUCAGCUUCCCCCGCUCAGGUCGCGAGGUCGCCGUGGGAGACUCCAACGGAAUAGUGCGCCUAUACGAUCUCCGCUCUCCAACACCACUUCUGAAGAAGGACCAAGGAUACGGCCUUCCCAUCAAGAACAUCAUCUACCUAGACGGCGCGCAGACCGGCGAGCCCAAGAUACUCACAGCAGAUAAGAAAAUCAUCAAGAUCUGGGAUGCAAAAGACGGGUCGCCAUGGACCAGCGUGGAACCUUCAGUAGACCUCAACCACGUUGAAUGGGUACCCAAGACAGGCAUGCUUUUGACCGCAAACGAGGGCAGACAACAGCAUUCCUUCUUCAUCCCCCAACUAGGCCCCGCACCAAGGUGGUGUCACUUUCUCGACAACAUCGUAGAGGAAAUGGCUGAGGAUCCAAAUGACCCCAACGCCUUCGGCAAGGGUGCUAUAGGAGAAGUAUACGACAACUUCAAGUUCCUCACGAUUGAGCAACUCAAGCAACUAUCGCUGGACCACCUUGUCGGAACCACCAACCUGCUACGACCAUACAUGCACGGUUUCUUCGUAGCUCAGAAGCUAUACGAAGAAGCACGACUAAUCUCCAACCCCGACCUAUGGCAAGAACAACGCGCAAAGAGCAUAGCCGAGAAGAUCAACAAGGAGCGCGAGUCCAAGAUCCGAGGCACCAAAAAGGCAGCCGUCAAGGUCAACAGAAAGCUAGCGGAGAAGAUGUUGGAAAAACAAGAAGAGCAAGAACGCCGACGAGCCAAGCGCGUCCUCAAGAGAGGCGGCGACGACGACAUGCUGGACGCCGCAGCGCCCGCCCCCGCCGUCGAAGAGCCCGUCCAACCCUCCGGUGUCCUCAACGACCCCCGUUUCGCCAAACUCUUCGAAGACCCCGAAUUCGAAAUCGACGAGCAAACCCGCGAAUUCCAACAACUCAACCCUAGCACCAAAAUACCAAAGGGCCUCACCGUCGCCGAGCAAGAAGAACUCGAAUCAAGAAAAGGCUCCUCAGACUCUGAUUCCUCAGACUCAGACGCCGACGCCGUUCGCCCCGUCAAAAAGUCACAACCAAAGCAAGAUACCUCCCGCAUCUCCUCCAGCACCUACAAAAAAUCCGGCCACAAAUCCCAACGAAACAACGCACCAGAGAUGGUGGUUUCAUCGUCAAACCAAAGGAAAUCUGCUUCCACUGGGGGAGCUUCGGCAAAGGAUAGAACGUUUGGCUCGCGUGUGUCUAAACUCAAAGAGAGGAAACCCGCGGCUGGUGCUAGUACCACGACUGUGGUAGGAGAGAGGGAGAUUACGUUUGCGCCGGAGCGCAAGCAGAAGAGGAAGGGGGGUGAUGGCGGGGACAAGGGGGAGAGGCAUGAUAGGAGGAAAUCUGGGGAUAGGAGAAAUGCCAGUAACAAUGUUUUUAGAAGUAUGUAGUAUGUGUGCAUGUGGGUUGGAAAAGUUUAAUGAUACCCUUUUUACAU